AUGUAUGAUGGGAUUGUGGGAGGGGGUGAGGUAGGGGGAUGGGGGGGGUAUUUUGGGGGGUGUGAGGUUGGGUGGGUAGUGGGUGGGUGGGGAAUGGGGGGAUUGUUGGAAAAGGGGGAGAGGGGGGGGGGGGGUGAGGGGUGGGUGGGGGUGGGGGGGUUUGGGGGGGGGGGGGUGGGGUGUGGGUGGGGGUGUUUGGGGUUAGGGGUGGAUGGGGGGGGGGGGGGGGGUGAUAUGGUGGGUGGGUUGGGGGGUGUAUGUGUGGGGGGGGGUUGGGGUGGGAUAGGUGGUGGUUUUUGGGGUGGUUUUGUGGGGGGGGGGGGUGGGGUUGUUGAAUUUUGUGGGUUAUGA